CAUCAACCAAUCCAUUCUCCGAGUCAGGUGUUCAAGACAUUGGCACUGUAUAAGCGUAGUGCAAUGCUAUUUGCAGCCGCCAGUCGAUAAAAUGGAUCCUGACCUUGACCGUGAUGAUAUGAUACGCGAAACGCGUAUCACAAAAUUUCAUUUCCGACAAAGCGUGGAGGCAUCACCAUGCAGAACUUUAAAGUCAUAUCACGCGCAAGGGGCAUCCUACGCCACUGCUGCGAGUGCUGCGGCAACUGCCGUGACUACUGCUGCGGUGCCGCCGGUGCGCAUCAAAUACACUUUACUAUCUAGUCGACACUUGUUACUUGUCCUCCAAACAAGUCAUGGACUUGAGCCUGCUCCGAUUCCUUAUAUGUUUACCCACGCUCUCAGAGUCACCGUCAGGCGGCAUCGAGAUUCACAGAAGUACUUCAGGUCUGCAAGCCAGUCUGAUUCCUCCGCAUACAAUGUUGUUUUCUUUUCUUUUCAACGACAGUCGCGGGCAUUAUCUCAACCCGUGACCAGUGCCACUUUUCUUCGCUUUCUCGGUUCUCCAUGGGAUUUUGUUACCUGUCGUUUCCGAGGUGCUGGCGUUUGUUGCUCGACAUUGUUGCUGUCACUGGAACCUGGCUCGCGCUGAGCUGAUUGCUAACAAGAACCGUUUCGAAAGUCAGAAAGCAUAGUACCUCAAGGACGCUUUCAUCAUAAUCGGAAUAUCCUUCAUCACAAUCCUCAUGGUUCCAGUGGAAUGGAAGCCCAGCAUAUAGGUCCCAAGGGUACCAGGCCACCGCGAAACAGACGGUGUCUGCGGACCUAUGCUUCUGGAAUGAGCUUUGCCGAAGGGCGGGACAUCGAUUUAAGAAUGGAAAUGCGGUCACCAU